CCCACGAGCCACGAUGCAUGCCCUGUGCACAAAUCUGGUUUUUGCUAUCUACAAGGACAAAUAUAGUUUUGACCCUGAAGACUGUGCCACGAUCAGAUCUUGAUGAAGCGAGCCGAGAGACCCAGAGGGUGAACCCAAGGCGUGGUUACGAAUGUCCCACUUGUGCGAGAGACACAGUGACCCUCACAACAUGAUGGGAUGGAAUCAGGGCAAAAGGAGUCCAAAACCGUCAACGUCAUCGAAAAACAACAACCCGGCAUGCUGUCCUGGCUCUGCGCCCCAGUCCUCUUCUUCCCGUUGCCAUAUCUACCAAUAUCAAUCGCCAAUCCGACGUCAACGUUCAACCACACCACUACUACCUAGCAGGGUUCCCUCAACCACAUCAACCUGGGCACUCCCUCCUACCCUCGGGCCAAAGAUGCGAACCACAAGCAGACCCUCUGUGCGACGAUUACGCUUCUUUGCGCCCUGUUUCUUAGAGGCUCACGCACCGACCGAGCCGAUGGAAGUUAGACUCCCGCCCUGAAGGAUAUCCGCAAAUCAUGCAACUUCUUUAUGACUUGCCGAUAUGCAGAGGCAACCGGAAAUAACAAAUGCUCUGCAGGGUGUGCGAACCAUGAACACAACCGCAUGACCUGCAAGACCCUGACUUGCGAGAUGCAAUUGGAGCGGAUGGGACCAGAAAACUCAGUGUGUCUCCGGACGAUGAUGGACCAUUCUGGACCAUCAAUGCCUGUUGUAUCCUGCGUUUUGCGGCUCAUUCACCAUUCGUAUCCGUACUUGAUAUCCGCUUCGAAGUCCAAGACAUCUAUUGCGUUGCCUGCCUGCAAUGUCCAACCGGUAAGCUUUGACGACAAAGGUUCCGCUCCCAGGGCGCCCUAUUAAAGCAGUACCCCAUACCGAGUGCGUUUCGCUACUUGAUUCAGAGCUGCAGUAUAUUCCGGAUCACGCCAUGACCUUCUGCGCAUGGCAAGCAGCAUAGAAUUGCGUGAGCAAAAUUGGACGCUCUGAAAGCGUGUUGCGCGCUAGGUAAUGC